AUGGAUAUACUAGAUGCAACCAAAGGUACUCGGUUACGGAUGUUUGGAGUGUCCGCUUUGCCAGCAAUCUCCAUUGGUGAUGUACCUCUGGAACACAAGGUCUACAAACUUUUCCAUGACGAUCAGCUGAUGAGUUUUCAACGAGGGGUGGCUUUUUCACCAUGUGGACAGCUCAUAAUUGCUCCGUGUGCGAAUCUGGAAGUUCAUACUCAUGAACUUUUCGGAACGUAUAUCUUCAAAAGGAGUGAAUUAGAAAGCGAUAAACCGUUUGCUUUUCUGCCAUGUCCAAAAGCUACAUUUCUAAUAAGGUGCUGCCCAUUAUUAAUGACCCUUCAAAAGGAUACAGAGAACUAUACAGGGCUUCCAUAUCGAAUAUUAUGGUUGGCCCUUACCAAGGAUACUGUAUAUUUGUACGACAGCCAGCAUCCUAAUCCGAUCGGUCUUGUGGAGAAUAUACAGUACAAUAGUUUAACAGAUGCCGCUUGGAGUGCUGAUGGAAAGAAUAUCAUAAUUUCGUCACUAGAAGGAUAUUGUACAUUCCUGAAACUCACUGUCGAACAGUGGGGAUGCACGAUCGAAAAAGAGCAGGUAGAGGAAUGUCCACCUUCUCCACAACUUAUCCAAACAAAGAAAAGGAAACCCAGGGAGAAGAAAAACAAA